AUGGCUCCAGUCCCCGCAUCGCUGUUGCGUGCUCUCUCCAUCUCCGAUCCCUCCAAAGCAAGCUUGACCACUGCUGGUUUGGGGUCGGGCUUCACCAGUACAGGAGCCAUUCGAGCAACGGUUCCAUCUACAGACGGUCAGUAUGAAGAAGAGAGACGGUACUUUGUCAAAACAUCCGCAGAUGGUAAAGCUGCCGAGGAGAUGUUCCGAGGGGAAUAUGAAUCCUUGAAUGCUAUCGCGACCUCCGUACCAGGAUUUUGUCCCCGCGCUCUAGCUUGGGGGUCUCUAGAAGAAAGCAACGGAAAGAGCUUCUACCUAGCGACUGAAUUCCUGGACCUAGGGGGUGGUGGCCGGACGGGCCAAUCUCUGGCUCAGAGACUAGGAAAGCUUCAUUCUACUCCAGCCCCGCUAGAUCCUGAGACGGGGAAACGCCGGUUCGGAUUCCCCGUCCCGACCUUCUGUGGUGAUACUAAGCAACCCAAUCGAUUUCAUGAUUCAUGGGCAGACUUCUACGCCAAUGAACGCUUGAUGAUGAUUCUCGAAACCUCGGAGAAGCGCAAUGGCCGAGACGCCAGCCUGCGUGGUCUAGUGGAGCGGACGGCGCAUACGGUUGUACCUGCCCUUCUAGGGGAUGAUCACCUAGGCUACGACAAGAAUGGGAAUGGAGAAGGUGUUACACCUGUGGUUGUUCAUGGGGAUCUUUGGAGCGGUAAUGCAGAUCGUGGAAGGAUCGUGGGGAGUGGGCGGAAGGGAGAUGAAGAGGCGGGUGACGUUGUCUACGAUCCAUCAGCAUGCUAUGCGCAUAGUGAGUAUGAGCUGGGAAUCAUGAAGAUGUUUGGGGGCUUUGGGUCGACAUUUUUCACUGCCUACCAUAAGAUUGUCCCAAGGACUGAGCCGGUGGAGGAGUAUGAAGACCGGGUAAAGCUGGCUUCUAACCGCGUCAGAUAUCACCAUCUAAAUCACUACGCCAUCUUCGGGGCUGGGUAUCGAUCGGGAGCAGUGUCAAUCAUGCAGAAUUUGAUCAGGAAGUAUGGUACUUAA